ACAAAGCUACAACAAAUUAUUAAUGAUAAUAUCAUCCAAAAUGGCUGCAUCCAUAUAUGCCACCCCACCGCCAGAUCUGAGCAGCGAGGACACUGCUCUCUCCGAUGUCUCCAACUCGUCGACACUCAACACGAAUCGAGGCAACAGCAACAACAAUAGCAACAACAGCAACAACACAGCAGCAGCAGGAGCAAGAGGAGGUGGCACCAUUUCACCCACAGAGCAGUUGGUCAAGGGGCAGGAGCAGGAGCACGCGCAGGAGCGGGAGAUGGAGCCAAAGACGAAGCAGAAGCCAGCGGGAAGCAGCACAAAUGAGCCAGACAAUGCCGAAGACGAUGAAAUGGCAACGGAAACGGGAGGGGCAGAGGGAAAUGGAGUGGAGGAUGGAGCGUUACUGGAAGCAGCAGCAGCGGAAACGGAAACGGAUGAGGGGGACACCAUGGCGGCGAUGGCAGCAGCGACAGCAGCGGCGGCAGCCAAUGCGGCAGCCAUGCAGCUGCAGCUGCUGGAAGCCCUCAGCGAUGCGGCCAAGAAGCGACGCAAGCAGCACAAUCCCAGUCGCCUGGAGGCACUGAACCUCAGCGGCGGCGGCGAAACAAUGCCAGAGAUCGAGGACCGCACACGGGUUGACUAUGAGGAGAAGCUAUCGAAGAUGUUCCUGCCCAAGUCCAUGGAGAAGCUGAAGGAGACCUUCGAGCUGCUACAGCAGCACAAGCAGGAGCUGCCCGAGCCCGAGCACGAGCAGGAUCUCAGCCAGGACUCGCCAGAACACAUAUCAGAGCAUCAGCAGCAGCAACAGCAACAGCAGCAGCAGCAUCAGCGACGGAACCCGUAUCAGACCUACUGCAAGGAGUGCGGCGAGAACUUUGAGACCGAGUUCAAGCUCAGCCUCCACAUGCUGCAGGACCAUCGCGAGGGACAGCAGCUGGAUCGGCAUGGGGAUGUGGAGCCCAUGGACUUUCUCAGCUCCAUCAAGGUGAAGCUGGAGCGCGAGGAGAGCCCCAAUCAGAUGCAGCUGGACCAGGACAUGUCCAAUGGCCAUGGCAGGGAGCAGCAGGAGCAGCAGCAGGAACAGGAACAGGAGCAGGAUCACUGGUUCAAUGCCAUGGCCCAGCAGCAGCAGCAGCAGCAUCAUCCGCAUGGCUCGGCUUUGGCGCCCGCCUUUCCCUUUCCGCCCGGCAUGGGUCCAGCGGGUUAUCUGCCGCUGCUCGGCAUGUCGGGCUUCCCCGGCGUGGAUGGGCUGAAUCGCCCGCCGUUGCGCAUCUUCAACCCGGAGGCCUACUGCGAGCUGUGCAACAAGGAGUUCUGCAACAAGUACUUCCUCAAGACGCACAAGGCCAACAAGCACGGCAUCUUUGAUCCUGUGGGCGAGCCCACAUCCAAUACUUCCAGCAACAACAACAACAACACGACAAGCAGCAACAACAACAGCAACAGUGGCAGCUCCAUGAGUCACAUGUUCCAGCUGCAGCGGGAGGCGCAGCCACAGCCACCGCCACCGCCACCGCCGAGUGCGGCCGCCAAAGUGGAUCAAUCCGCGGCAGCACCGCCGGCGGCCACCAUCCACUGCGACAUCUGCUCGAAGCGCUUCACCAACAUCUUUGCCAUGCGACGCCACCGGGCCAAGCAGCACGACCAGGCCGCCGACUCAUCGCCAAACUCCCAGCCCGGGCAGUCGCGACGCGGCAGUCCCAUCGAGAGUCAGUCGCUGGCCAUCAAGCAGGAAGCCCAGACAGAGGCGGAGCUGCCCAGGCAACCGUUUCAGCUGCCGGAGGGAUUCCGCGAGGACUUCUCGCUGGAGCAGGAGGAGGUGAGCUUUGUGCCGCCGCCGCGCAAGCUGCCGUCGCAGCUGCAGCAGCAGGCCAGGGACUGCUCGCUCAGUGCGGAGAAGCUGCGUCGCCUGGGCGUCCACUUUCCGGAGUUCUACUGCGAGCUGUGCCACAAGGAGUACGCCAACAGGUACUUCCUGCGCACCCACAAGUGGAAGCGGCACGGGGUCUUCGUGCCGCCAGAGGAUCUGCCGCAGCUGGGCAAGGAGGAGGCACAGCUGAGUGGCUGGCCGUUUAUGCCGCUGAAUCUGAUGCUGGCCAAGCAUGCGGCAGCGGCGGCUGCCUCUAUGGAACAGGCCGAGCAGGCAGACCAGGAGCCCGAACAGGAGCCAGAGCCGGAGCCGGAGCAGGAGCAGGAUCUGAGCGAGCAGCCCAGCAAGCGGAUCAAACUAGAACCAGAUCUCGACGAGGAGAAGCUGAAUGGGUCCGUGAUGGGGCUGCAGAAUCUCCAGAAGCUGCAGUCGAUGCUGCAGCAGCUCAACGACAUCAACGGGAAGCGACCCCUGCCCUGCCACCUGUGCGGCAGGGAGCUGGAGAACCAGUACGCCCUCCGAGCGCAUCUCAUGACGGAGCAUGCCGCCCAGAUGCAGCUGCCCAUGCAGAUGCCCCUGCAAAUGCCCCACGGCAUGGCCAUGCCACUGCCCGAACAGCAUCCCCAGCAGCUGCCCCUUCACGCGCUCUACCAGCAGCAGGCAGCGCCACAAACGCCCCCGAAUGGCGGGGCUGGCGGGGCCAGAUCCUCGCCAGGCAGUGGCGAGGAAUUCAAGCAACAUAUCGCCGGGGUAGCCAGCGCUCCGAGUGGCAGUCCUCUGCGCGAGGGCUUCUACACGCCCGAGCGUCCGGUGGCACCCCCUGGAGCUGGCGCUGGCGCUGGCAGCGUUCCCGUACCGCCACCGAAUCGGCCGGCCUACACGAUAACGCCGACGAGCAGCUACUGCGAGAUCUGCAACAAGGAGCUGUGCAACAAGUACUUCAUGAAGACCCACAUGCAGCGGAUGCACGGCAUCGAGAUCGAGAACGGCGCCCAGAUCGGGGGCGUGGUGUGCAACAUCUGCAACAAGGAGCUGUGCAGCAAGUACUUCCUGCGCGUCCACAAGCACAACACGCACGGCAUCAUCGAGGAGGGCUCGCCCCUGCCGCAGCCGCGGGGCCAGAACGGCGUCAAGCUGGAGGCGGCGGCCGCAGCAGCGGCAGCGCAACAGGCACCGCCCAUACAGGCGGAGCAGCAGGAGCUCAAUCUGACUCCUCCCGCAGCAGCAGCAGGCGGGGAGAGCAACUCCUCGGCCAGUGGCCACGAGGUGUGUCCGCUGUGCGCGCGACAGUUCCGCAGCUUCAAGUGGCUCCGCUCGCAUCUGAUGAACGAGCACGGACCGGCGGGAGUGGAGCGACUCCGCGAACUGGAGGCAGCUCCUUCGGCGGCGGCUACUUCCGCGCGCAGCAAGCCCAACAGUCCCACGCUCAAGAUACCCAAUGGGAGCAGCAGUGGUGCCCCGCCCGCACCACAGCCCACCGCAGGGGCUGGCAAUCCUCCGCCCAAUCUCGCCCAGGCCCUGCAGAACCUCAAUGCGCAGCAUCUGUUUGGACAGAUGCAGCAGCAGCAGCAGCAGGUGCCGAAGGGUAUGCAGGGGAUGCCACCGCUGCCGCCUAUGCCAGGGAUGUUCGGGGAGCAGGCGCCACGCUUCAAGGAGUACCAGUGCUCCAUGUGCCCCUUCACCACGCCCUACUACGCAUUCCUCUUCAUCCACGAACGCUCGCACGCCCUGCUCAACAGUGCCGAUGGCAUGGAGCCGUCAUUGGAGGCGCCACCACCGCCGCCAGCAGCCCGUAGCCAGGGCAAGUCACGCAGCAAGUCCAGUCGGGCGCCAGCAGCUCCGCCAGCCGUGGAGGAAGCCGAUCUUCACGUGGAACCCACCAACCUGAGCACCUCCAAAGCCACAACGCCCCAGGGAACCCAUUCUCCCCCACAACACACCCCAGGAACUCCCUCACCGAAGGCCACGGCCCGCUCCCAGUCGCCGUUGACUCUCACUGCAUCCAAGAACCGCUCACCGAAUCACGCAGGACGCCGCUCCUCCAAGUCCAUCACACCCAACGGCAUCGGAGGCGGCCAUCGGUCGGCCGCCACCUCGCCCUUUGAGGUGUGCAGCGAUCUGGCCAACGGCACCGGCAAGCCGGCCAGCUACGCGCAGCCAGACCGCGCCGAGGAAGCAUAUCAGAUGCAGGCAUUCCAUCUGCAGCCGGCCGAUGCCGAUUCGGAGAUGCAGUUCGCCCCGGCUCUGGUCUAUCUGCCCGUGAGGGUGCGGGCCUCGGAGUCGGCCACGCUCAGCUUCCGACUAACGCCAGCCUAAGAAGCAGCCUACGGAUAAGGAGCGGGGUGCAACCCCUUUUUACAGUGUUGCCAGCAGCGUAAGUUCAACCCAAAAUACAACCCUGAAACGUUUAUCGAGAUCCUCCCAGAAACGAACGAAAGUAAACCGAAGAAACCCGAGAAGAGAAGAGUUAGGAACAUGAACAAGAGACAAAAUAGUGGAACUACAAAAGACUGAGUGCGCAUAUUAGUUGAGCUCAUAAUUAAACUUAAAUAUAUACAACCCCUAACGACAAAACAAAAACAAUAACAAUUACAAUCGAUCAAUACCAAUCGGUAAUCGCAGAAAUCUAAAAAGCUAAAAAGUUCGCCAUGUCUAACAUGGCAACUAAUGAGAGUUCUAUAAACCCAUAAAAUAAAACCCACAUAACCGAACAAGAACAAGUCCGUUUCAGCUGGCAGCACUGUGCUAGACAUCAUACUGCAUACAUAUAUACAUAUAUACUGUGUAUUUUGAUGGAUCCAAGGCAUAGGCAUAAACCGCAAACUAUAACAUAUAUAUCUCUAGUGAUUAAAUAUCAAAGUUCCUAUGCGUAAUAGUAAUUUAUCGUAAAAGAGUUGCAGCCGAGAGAGCAGUGGUGUGGUGAGGUGUGGA